CUCCUUGUCCUCGUCUGUCCGUCCCUGAAUUCUCUACACCGAAACGCGUGGUGUCGCGAUCAGAGACACCCAUCCGAGUGAGAGAAAGCUGACAAGGACAUGCGCCGGGUCACCGCCUCCGCAGGGCGCAGGCGUCUACCCCGCGGAGCCGCGCGCUGAACCCAGGUCCCGAGACCCGGCGGCAAGCGGCAGAGGCCCAAGCGCGACCACCAGCGGACGCAGGGCCCGGGCGCCGCGCUGGAAUGGAGGACGCUGCUCCAGCGAGUCCCCGCUAACUCCUCUGCUAGGAGAAGACGCGCCCUCCGGCCGCCCGGCGCGCAACGCCGCGCAACGCCAGCCCCGCCCCCGCUACCGCCGCAGGCGCCGCGUGGGCGGCUCCGAGUGCGCAUGCGCAUCGCCGCCCCGCCUGCGAGUCCGGUCGUCCCAGGGGGCAUCGCGCGGUUUCCACGGCGACGCGCCGGCGCCCAAGAGAGGCCGGGUUGGCGCAGCCGCAGGAGCCGCGGGAAACAGGUAACUGCCUGCAGCUGUCGCCUGUCGCCCACCCCAGGCGCCUGCUGAGCUCUUCCCGGUCCCUGCCGGGCCGGCCUCGAGCGCCGCUCCGCUGGUAACGUAGCCAGGCGCCGCCGUUUCCUUCUGCAAAGCGCGGCGGGUGGGCGGCCGCCGCCCCUGCCCGGAAAGAGCGACCAGCGCCGGCAGCGCGCCGGCGAGUACAGCCGCUCAGCCGCCCGGCCGCUCGGGCAGCGGGCCGGGCACGGCCCCGGGAGCCCGGGCCGUGGGGCCCGACCGCAGGCCUCCGCCUCCCUGCACGCGCCUUCGCUUGUUUGCGGUUUCCCUCCGACCUUGCGGCCCUCGCCCCUGCCCGUGAGCCUCUGCAGCUUGGAAAAGGCCUCUCGGUUUUCGUCCUCCCCGCGCUCAGUCUAGGGUUCUGUGCACAAGUUCCCGGAAGGCUCUAACGUUUCGGUGCCACAGCUAUGACAACACUGAGUUCUUCCAGGCCAGCUUUUCACGGGCUGAACGUGACCUUGAGCCUGUUUUCUGCCGACGCUCCCUAGACGACUGCAUCCACAUGAGAAUUAAGAAUCAAAUGAAAAGAUAAUCCUUUCAAAGUCCCAGAGGAUGGAUUUGUUGGUUUCGAUCUGCUGUUGAGGUAGUUGCUAUGACCCGCGAGUGGCAUUACCCUGCCUUACCGUGGGCGCUUUAUGAAGACAUGCAGGACCCUCUGCUGCUUAACUGAGGUUGUCUCUGAUGUCUUUGGCUGAUACAACAAAAGUGCAUACGGAAGAGCAUCUCCCCAGCAUGGCCCUGGAAGACAGCAGGAGGCCUGCAGAAUGCAGAAGCCCGGGCCCCGAUGGCUUGUCCUGGAACGGCAGGGCUUCGGACAGGAGCGUAGACUACAGCAGAUCUCAGUGCUCCUGCAGGAGCCUGAGCUCCCACUACGACUAUUCAGAAGACUUCGUCUCUGAAUGUUCAGAAGCCGCCGCCAGCAGGAAUUAUUUAGGACAACCUCUGGAAAAAGAAAAGGAGGAGAAGAAAAAGCAUAAUGCUUCUAAAACCACCCAGCCUACAGUCAACAGGUGGCCUUGUUACAGAGGACCACAGUACUUGGAUCUCACUGGCUUCUUGCCUCUCAUCUCAGCUGAAGAGUCCAGGUUUGAACUGCCAAUGAAAUGCAAAUGCCUGUCUCAACAACCCAAGAGGACGGUCGCCAAAACUGGCCGGAAGGAAAUCUCGGUCGAAAAAAAGCGUACCUGCAAUUCAUCUGUUUUCAAUUCUCAAGUCAAUAUGACUGCCCAGAGGAGAGACGCCAUGGCCCAUCGGAUACUUUCAGCCAGGCUUCACAAGAUUAAAGAGCUAAAAAAUGAAUUAGCUGAUAUGCGUCGGAAAUUGGAAGCCAUCAUUAUAGAAAAUCAGUUUUUGAAACAACUUCAGCUUAGGCACUUAAAAGCUAUAGGAAAAUAUGAGAAUUCACAAAACAAUCUACCUCAAAUAACGAUUAAACACCAGAAUGAAGUAAGAAAUUUAAGGCAGUUACUUAGGAAAUCCCAGGAGAAGGAAAGAGCUGUAUCCAGGAAACUCAGAGACACUGAUGUCGAGUUAUUAAAGACCAAAGACACCUUGCAGGCUCUGCAGAAACUUUCCGAAGACAAAAACCUUGCAGAAAGGGAAGAACUGACUCAGAGACUGUCUACUCUUACGACAAAAAUGGAAGCAAAUGACAAAAAAAUACAGAACUUGGAAAAACAAUUGAGGUUGAAAAAUCGAACCUUCAGUCGGCAGCUGGCCAUUGAAAAUCGGAAGACUUUAGCUGCUCACGCAGCUACAAAUACUCUGCAGACAGAAGUCAAACGCCUGCAGCAAAGACUCAGGGAGAAGGAUCGUGAACUUGAAAUUAGAAACAUCUAUACUAAUCGAAUACUUAAAAAUUUACAUGAAUUAGAAGAUUACCCAAAAGUAGUUUCUUCAACAAAAUCAGUACAAGCAGACAGAAAAAGUGUGUCAUUUACAUGUGUGAGUCACCAAGAAACCCAAAAAUCAGAAGAUAUUCCACCUUUGACAACUAAGGGUAAAGCGGCAACAGGAAACAUCAGUCAUAAAGAAAAACCAACUGAAAUAAACCAUGAAAUCAUUCACUGUAUCAAUAAACUACCAAAACAAGAGGAUUCUAAGAGGAAAAAUGAAGAGUCAUCGAAGGACGAGGAGCAUCGGGAGGUGCAGGCGCCUCUGGAGAAUACCGGAAGACAGGCGGAGCAGAAGGAAGAGCAAGAAAGGAAAACCAUCCUGCAAGAGCAAGAACUACCCACAAAAAGAGUUCAAGCGACUCAUCCCGAGAGAGAAAGCGGCCAGGCGGGCGCCCCGGGCGACCCGGGGAAGGAAAGGGUCACCUGCAGCGGGCAGCCGCCCGGAGCCCAGGCGCCGCCGGAGAAGGGCCCCGCCGCCCCCGCCAGGCCGGCCGGCCGGCCGCGCAAGCUCUACUCCUUCACCGAGGCCACCGAAAACCUGCACCAGGGGCUGCCGGCCGCGGGCGGGCACGCCGACCCGGGCAGCGCGCGGGGCGGCCCCAGCUCCAGCAGGCGCCGCGGCAGCUCGGAAGGCGCGAGCCCCGGGCAGCCCGGGAGCAGGUACGAGCCCUCCUUCGGCAAGUCUUCCAGAACGAAGGCCAAGGACGCGAGCUUCCGAGAGAAGAAGAGCAGCCUCAUGGACGAACUCUUCGGGUCGGGCUGUGUCUUAAAAAGUGACCAGCGCAACCCGGCUGCGGCGGACAGACCCGAGGAGACUCUGAGAAGCAAGGCCACACCCCUCGGGCCUCCCAGUCAGGCCUCCGCCAGCAACGCUUUUGGAGAUUCUAACCUGACUGUGGUCAAUUCCAUUCAGUCAUCGUCACCUACAGAAGGAAAAAGAAAAGUGAUUAUUUAAGCAUUAUCAUACCCUAAUACAAGCUGGUUUCAGAUGCUGCUGCUCAUGCGCCUUUAAUCGGACCACGCCCAACGUGCCAGGUUGUGUAUGUUAGUGCUUAGAUUGACUGGGUAAUUAGGCUGCUGCUUUGUUGCUAAUUAAUUUUUAAAAUCUAUUGUGUAUUAUUCAGUGGUGACAUUUUAAAUACAAAUCUACAUCUUUUUUCUAAAUUAUUUUUGAAGACUGGUUUAUUUAUUACACAGCUGUAGUAUUCCAUGGCUCCUGGCUGCUGCCCUCUAGUCACUGAGCAUAGGGAAAGGUGUAAGGAAACAGUAGAAUGCUACUUUUUAUCUCU